UUCAGUGAGUGUCAGUGGUAACAUCGCGUCAGUGAGUGUUAGUGAGUCAGUGUCAGUGAGAUGUGAUCAGAUCAGUGAUGUCAAGUCCUAGGCCUAGCCUGGUGUCCACCAGUUCCGUAGUCAGCACCUCCAGUGAUUGUUCUGAUGAAGAAGCCAAAGUGGCACCUCUGAGACGGUCCUCGCCCAAGUCUCAGACCACGGUGAACGUGGGGCAAAUACUGGUGGACAAAAACGCCGAUGCUCCAGGAGUACUUAAUGGCACCUUGAGGAAAACAACACUCAACUUCUUCAUCAAUCACGGACUUGACGGAGAUGCUGACGUCAACGAUCUCGUCACCGACGCCGUCAAAAUCAAGUCAGAGACCGUCAAGACGUUCAUACCUGAUUACAAUAGCUCGUAUAAGUUGAAUGGUACCAAGGAGGAUGUGGAAGGAUUGUCCCGGAGAUGGUGCUACCUGAUCUCUGCUCUAGUGACUCUCUCCCUGAUCACUCUUCUAGGCACCGCAGUCCUGUCUCUGACUAACUGGAAGACUUCUCAAAGUGGUACCCUCUCUCCUGACAUUCAGAAAUCCAUCGAUGGACUGUCGGCUGAAGAAAAAUACUUCGCAUCCUAUCCGGGAGGUCCUCCCAUCGUCACCAGGUCCAUGUGGCUAGCGGCGCCACCUAGAGCACCUUUGGACAAGAACUCUCUCCCAGCUACUACAGUGGUCGUCUGUCACACUGCCACAGCCAACUGUACUUCCCAGCCUGAGUGUAUAGAAAUCGUUCGGGCAGUCCAACAGUUUCAACAGGUGUCCAGAGGAUGGUCCGAAAUCUCCUACAGUUUCCUCAUCGGCGGCGACGGGUCGGUCUACUGGGGCAGAGGGUUCAACUUCGAAGGAGCUCACACUAAGGGGUUCAACAAAGGGAGUAUUGGUAUCGCCUUCCUAGGAACGUAUAUCAACGUUGUUCCCAACGAUCUACAAAUAGACUCAUUCACGAAGUUGUUGAAGAUAGGUGUAGAGAGUGGUAAAAUAUCUUCUGCCUAUUCCCUGGUGGCCCAGUGUCAGUUGAAGGUGACGGCAGCGCCAGGUCUAUCAUUGGUGAAUGUUAUGAUGUCAUGGCCCCAUUUCAACACUUCACUACCUGUCAAGUGUACCGAGGGGUGAAAAAUGUACAUGUGUAUUUGGGUAGUUGUGGAAAAAUCCAAAGGUGUAAUUGAGAAUGAACGUGUGGUCAAAUUCUGUUGGCCGCUUCAAAAUCUACCCUAAAUGUCAUAUUCCCUUUUUGAAAAAUAAAUCAAACGAAAUAGCUAUCUUAAACUACCUAUUUAAAAGGUAGGUUUCAAACAGAUUCUGACAAAAUUAGUUGUUUUGUCUCCUAGUUACUUAUUGUUUACCUCAUUAUGUCGUCACUUAGCCUUUGAUAUUAUACAUUUUGUCCGGUGUACACACUUUACAUAAUUCUUUCCUUUAAACUCCAUCUCAACUAUACACUUCACCUUCCUUUCAGUAUUUCUAUACAACAUAGACUUCCACUUGUAUAAUUUGUUUUAACACUUCGCUCAAUCUCUCUCUGUCAUAUCAAUAUUUUUAAAUAUCAUAUUACCACUACCUGCAUUAACCACUAUGUAGCAUUUUACCCUAGGCAUCCAUUUUGUGUAUACAUGAUGUACAUGCGUGUAUAUAUUCCAGUUUUUUAGUUUUCUCAUACAGUGUCCUAUAUGUCUUCCCCACUCAAGCCAUUUUUAAUCUCAAAUAACUAUGGCUUAAGUUUUUCAAACUUAUUAUUCAUUCAUUUCAAUAAUGUUUUGGAAGUGACCCUUUGCCAUUUCCUUGGUUCAUUGACUUUGUAGUAAAUGUUGAAUCUAGUCUAAAUGAUAAUGGGUACCUAUGCUUUAGAAGGCAGAAAAGACUGUUUGAGUUUUAAAGUUAUUGUAAUUAAAUUUAUCUAGACUUUUAAAAAGAAGUUUGGUAUUAACUUUAAGAUAUACAUAGAAUUAAUUGAAAUUCUAGUGUUCAAGAAACUAUUAUGUCAUUUUUAUAAAUAUUUAAAAUAAAUAUAGGUCUACUAUUAUACUUCAAUGUAUACGUGUUCUUUCGUUAUAAUUUUUGUAAUUAAAGUGUACAUGUG